GACGUACGGUGUCAGAGCAGGUGGUUCUGUCUUUUGCUGAUAAGUGAGAGAAAAAAAGAUUGAGAUGUGGUUUUGAAGAGAUGACUUCAUUUGAUUAUGGUCAGCGAAAGAGGAAGCUUGUGAUAUUCAUUAAAUUUACACCUGGGCCGGUGAUGGUUGUUAGAUAACGUGUUUGAAAUUUCAGCAGUCGAACCUCCGCAUGUUUGGAGCAGGAGCCUUUCAGACAUGCCCGACUAAAUGAUGAUUGUAUCUUUAAAGUUCAUCUUAAAGGGCAGAAAAGUCCAGCAAUAUCUCUGAAUUCCCCUUCACCUCGACGUGUGAGGGUUUUUUCAAAUGACUUCAUCUCUUUUGAAGAUUACAUCACCGCAAAACAAAUCAGUGUGAAAGUCCAAACCUCUCAUUGAUCAUUAACAGCAUGAACACGUCGGGCUGGGAGAUGUACGACUAUGAUUACAAUGCCACCUGCGAGCAGGAUCCCAGUCUGGAGUUUCCCUGGGGAUCCAUGGUCUUGCCGAUUCUUUACUACGUGCUCUUUUGUCUGGGUCUGAUAGGCAACAUCACAGUUCUCUGGGUUCUCCUCCGGUACAUAAGGCUGAAAAGUAUGACGGAUGUGUGCCUCCUCAACCUGGCGCUGUCGGACCUCAUGAUGGCCGUGUCCCUGCCCCUCUGGGCCCACAACUUCCAGAGCCUUGCAUCGUGCAAACUGAUGACAGGCGUCUAUCAGUUGGGUUUCUACAGUGGCACGUUGUUCGUGACCCUAAUGAGCGCGGACCGCUACCUGGCCAUCGUCCACGCCGUGGCCUCCAUGCGGGCCAGGACGCUUCGCUACGGCAUCACAGCCAGCAUCGCCGUCUGGGUCGUCGCCGGCGCCAUGGCAACGCCCCAGCUGAUAUUUGCCUCCCUGGAGCAUGACGAAGACGACGCGUCCCAGUGUCAACCGCUGUACCCGGAGGACCGGCCGCGGUUUUGGAAAAUGCUGCGCAACUUCGGCGAGAACACAGUGGGCCUCUUCGUGUGCCUCCCCGUCAUGAUUUUCUGCUACGUGAAAAUCCUUGCCGUGCUCUCCAGGUCCAGGAACUCCAAAAAGGACAAAGCCGUGAAGCUGAUAUUCACCAUAGUCUGCGUGUUUGUGGUGUGCUGGGUGCCCUACAAUGUCGUCGUUUUCCUCCAGACACUGCAGCUGUUCGACGUCCUGAACAACUGCGCGGAUUCGAAAACCGUCAACUCUGCCAUGGGCUUCGCUGAGAUCAUUGCCCUGGCUCACUGCUGUGUAAAUCCGGUCAUCUAUGCAUUUGUCGGGGAGAAGUUUAGAAAGUCACUGGGCAAAGUGUUGGCUUCCUUCUUCUGCUGGGGCCACCAGAGCAGAUUGGAUUUCAGCCACAGGAGCAGCACAGAGAAAGAGACGUCCAACACCCCUGUAAGAUCCGAUUACUAGGCAAUAAUGUACACGACGGCGGCUGCAUGUGGUGGCGGAGAAGGAGAGACUCUGAAAACGGCAAUGUGCGGUGUCACACGGGUGGGUGUUGCUUAUCAUACCUGUAAAAUGGUACUCGGAUAAUUCCCAGUAACAAGGCAGUGAUUCAUUUUGAAAGUGUACAGAAUUUUAUGAAACAUUUAUUCAAACCAUGUAACACAAAGUAUGUUUGUAACUUGUGCAACUGUGUUGUUUUUUUUGUUUGUUUGUUUGUUUGUUUGUCGUAAAGUAAAAAACGCAGUCAAACGAAA